AUGUAUGUCGCCACAACAAACGGGGAGCAGAAAGCCCGCGAUGCCAGCGCGGCGGAGGUGCUGGAGGAUUUGCGCGAUGGCCAGGAGGUGUCCAAGUCGCAGUUUCGGCGGGUGCUGCUGAAGAUCGAUCUUGUGAUUAUGCCGCUCAUUGUGCUUGCCAUGACGCUCGCCUUCCUGGACAAGAAUGGCCUGGCCUACGCAGCCGUCUUUGGCAUGGAAAAAGACGCCCAUCUCGUCGGGCAGCAGUACAGCUGGCUGGGCAGUAUCUUCUACUUCGGCUACCUGGCCAUGGAGUUUCCGAACAUGUACCUGAUCACCAAGCUCCCCAUUGGAAGAUACCUGGGCAGCUGUCUCGUUGCAUGGGGCACGCUCUUGUGUCUGAUGGCCGCUUGUCACAAUUUCGCAGGAUUAGCCACCAUCCGGCUGUUGCUGGGUAUCGCUGAGGCGGCCAUGCUGCCUUGCCUGCUUCUUGUCAACACGCGAUGGUAUCGACGUGAAGAACAGCCUUUGCGCACUGCGUUCUGGUACAAUACCUUCGCGGGUGUAUUUGGUGGCAUCCUCAGUUAUGCGAUUGGCCAUAUUCAUGGUUCAUUGCCGACUUGGAAGUACAUUUUCAUCAUCUACGGCGCUGUGACUGUUCUUGUCGGCUUCUUAAUCUUCUUCGCUCUUCCCAAUGCUCCAGCCACAGCCUGGUUCCUCUCCACAGAGGAGAAGAAGAUUGCUCUUCUCCGCGUCGCCGAGAACCAGACGGGCCUGGAAUCCCAUAAGAACAUCCGCCUCAACCAAAUCUGGGACGCCCUCCAGGACCCGCUCUACUACAUCCUCAUGAUCUUCGUGAUCGCCCAAGCAGUCACCAACGCCGGGAUAACCAACUUCAACCCGCUUAUCAUCUCGGGCUAUGGCUUCUCCGCCGAGAAGACAACAUUGCUCGCCACACCUCAAGCCGGAGUGGCAAUGGUCGCCCAGGCAUCAUUUACCUUGCUCGCCUGGUUCGUCCCGAACAUCCGGUGCCUGCUGUGGGUUAUUGCAUCGUGCGUCGGCCUGGCCGGCGCCGUGAUGGUUCAUCUGCUCGACCCGACGACGCAGCGUAGUGCCUCCCUUGCCGGCGUGUAUAUCAUGGGCUUCUAUAAUGUGCCCUGGGUGCUGGCGCUGAGUCUGCAGACUUCGAAUACGGGCGGGACGACGAAGAAAAGUUUUGUUUCUGUUUCCAUCGCUAUCUUCUACGCCGUCGGAAACAUCAUUGGGCCUCAGUUUUUCCUCGAGAGCCAGUCUCCGCGGUACCCGCUCGGCAUUGGAGCCAUGCUCUGCUGCUUUUCUAUCAUGGCGGCGAUGGGCAUUCUCUACUUCGCCAUGUGCCUCGUGACGAACAAACGGCGUGAUCGCGAGUAUGGCAAGAUCGACGAAAGCGAGGGCAUGGUUUCUGCUGGGUUGGAGGCUGAUCGGGCGGAUUUGACUGAUCGGCAGAAUACACACUUCCGGUACGCCUACUGA